ACGGGCACGGCGCACUGCGCAUGCGGGAAGAUGGCGGGGUUGGCGUCCUGAGAGCCGUGGGUCGCCGUCCUCCCUGCCCGUCCGCGUUGGGAGCGCUCGGGCUCGUGGGGCUGCGGCGCGCGUGCCGGCGGGCGGGACGGCCUAGCAGGGCGGCGCCUCCGAGCAGGCCGCGGGCCCGCUUCGUGCCAGGCCCCCAGAAAUCGGCGUGUUGGGGGCGGCGCUCGCGCCGGGCGGGAGAAGGCGGGAGAGCUCGCGGGGUGCUAGGGGCGCCGGCCGCCCCGCAGGGCAGCAUGAGUCAGCAGCGGCCGGCGAGGAAGUUGCCCAGCCUUCUCGUGGACCCGGCGGAGGAGACGGUGCGCCGCCGGUGCCGGGACCCCAUCAACGUGGAGAGCUUGCUGCCAUCAAAAAUAAGGAUUAAUUUAGAAGAUAAUGUACAAUAUGUGUCCAUGAGAAAAGCUCUAAAAGUGAAGAGACCUCGUUUUGAUGUAUCACUGGUUUAUUUAACUAGAAAAUUUAUGGAUCUUGUCAGAUCUGCUCCUGGGGGUAUUCUUGACUUAAACAAGGUUGCAACAAAACUGGGAGUACGAAAACGAAGAGUAUAUGAUAUCACCAAUGUCUUAGAUGGAAUCGACCUCGUUGAAAAGAAAUCUAAGAACCAUAUUCGGUGGAUACUAGCAUAUGUAACAUAUCAAGAUAUUCAUAGCAUUCAAGCCUUCCAUGAACAAAUUGUUAUCGCAGUUAAAGCUCCAGAAGAAACCAGACUGGAUGUUCCUGCUCCCAGAGAGGAUUCCAUCACAGUGCACAUAAGGAGCACCAAAGGACCCAUCGAUGUCUACUUGUGUGAAGUGGAGCAGGGUCACGCGGGUCACAAAAGGUCUGAAGGUGUCAUCUCUUCAUCUGAGAGCAGACAUCCAGAACGCCCUGAGGAAGAAGAAAAUCCUCAGCAAAGUGAAGAAUUGCUUGAAGUGAGCAACUGAUAGCAGCAUUUAAGAAUUCAUGUAUUGAGUUUUUUGGGGAACAUCCUACAUGGGAGGAUGGAUGUUGCAUCAGUCUGAUUCUCAGAGCAAUAACUCAUCCCUGCAGUGCUCUCCUCGUUAGCAGCAGCAUUAAUGCCGGUAGUGUCUUUGAGUAGUUCACUACUUAGAUAAUUAUGGUUUCCACAUUUGAAAACAACUUUUUAUAAUUAUUCACUGCUUUUUGUCAGCGAAAUAGACAUCUUGACACCUGAAAUAACUUCAUCACAAAGAGUGUUAUGAAAACAGAUGGUCAGGCCUGAGAUAGAUGUUCUUUGCGGACGCUACCCUUUGCUUCAAGGAUUGUAUUGUAUAUCACAAAAGAAAUUGCCUUACACUGGUCAUGUUUGCAGUUAGCUGUUGUACAUUGGGUAGGUGUACACACAAAUCUAAAUGUGAUGUCUUUGUGUAUAUAUCUGUAUAAUGUUUAGAGUACUUAUGAAAUAUGUCUAAGUGACAUUUUUCACCCUUGUACAGCCAAAAUAAUGUAUAUAUGGAAAGUAACAAAUUCUCUAAUUUCCUUGGUAUCUGUAACUUAUUAGAAUCCUCUGGAUGAGGGUUAGAGGAGAGUUUUUCCAAACUUCUACAUGUAGAAGUAUCAUAAAUGUGCUAUACAUUUACGUUCAUGGAGUUAAUUAAAGUGUUUUAAUAUGAUUCCCCAUGCCGAAAUCGGUAUUGGAUGCAUCUUGAUUUCAAGCUGUCUACGGAGUUGUAUGUCCCAGCAGAUUGGUGGCAUGCCCCAAGGCUCCGGGGGCAAGUCUAGAAAUGCCAUCAGAUAAUAGUGUUUUCAUUGUCAGACAUGAGUUCAAUCAUGGUGAAAAUUGGGAACUAUUUUAAGGUUUUUGCAAGCAGAUUUUUGUAAUGUUUCUGUACGCAGCCUUGCUCUUCAAUCAGAGGGGUUUUACUUACCACAAGUUGUACCCUGCCCUCUCUCCAGCUCUAGUCCCACAUUUCCACAUACCUAGCUAUUUCUACCUCAUUGGGUAAGUCAUUUACCACUCUGUGCCUCAGUUUACUCUGUAGUUUACCAUUAGACUGUGAGCUCCUUGAGGGACCUUGUCAUAAUCAUUGUUAUAUCCCAGCACCUUGCACCGUGCCUGGCCCAGAAAAAGUGCUUAAUAAAUGUUUAAACAAAUCAGUGA